AGAACAAAAGCAGUUCAAAAUCACUUGGAACUGAAUAAUUAGGAUAAAAAUGUACACAAUUAAGCUCUUUCUUUUUAUUGCUCCUCUAGUUAUUUCCUCCAGAACUGACCAAAACAAUUCAUCAUUUGAUUCUAUACCUCCAGAGCCAAAAUCAAGAUUUGCUAUGUUAGAUGAUGUAAAAAUUUUAGCCAAUGGUCUCCUUCAGCUGGGACAUGGUCUUAAAGACUUUGUCCAUAAGACUAAAGGCCAAAUUAAUGACAUAUUUCAAAAACUCAGUAUAUUUGAUCAGUCUUUUUAUGAUCUAUCACGGCAAGCCAAUGAAAUCAAAGAAGAAGAAAAGGAACUGAGAAGAACUACAUCCAAACUACAAGUCAAAAAUGAAGAGGUGAAGAAUAUGUCACUUGAACUCAACUCAAAACUUGAAAGUCUCCUAGAAGAAAAAAUUCUGCUUCAAGAAAAAGUGAGAUAUUUGGAGGAGCAAUUAACUAAUUUAAUUCAAAAUCAACCUGAAAUUCAGCAACACCCAGAAGUAACUUCACUUAAAACUUUUGUAGAACAGCAAGAUAAUAGCAUCAAAGACCUUCUACAGACGGUGGAAGAACAAUAUAAACAAUUAAACCAACAGCAUAGUCAAAUAAAAGAAAUCGAAAAUCAGCUCAGAAGGACUGGUAUUCAAGAACCUACAGAAAACUCUCUUCCUUCCAAGCCAAGAGCACCAAGAACUACUCCCUUUCUUCAGCUCAAUGAAACAAAAAAUGUAGAACAAGAUGGCAUUCCUACUGAUUGUACCACCAUUUAUAACAGAGGUGAACAUACAAGUGGCAUAUAUACCAUUAGACCCAGCAACUCUCAAGUUUUUAAUGUCUACUGUGAUGUUAAAUCAGGUAGUCCAUGGACAGUAAUUCAACACCGAAUAGAUGGAUCACAAAACUUCAAUAAAACUUGGGAGAACUACAAAUAUGGUUUUGGGAGGCUUGAUGGAGAAUUUUGGUUGGGCCUAGAGAAGAUAUACUCCAUAGUGAAGCAAUCUAAUUACAUUUUACGAAUUGAGCUAGAAGACUGGAAAGACGACAAGCAUUAUAUUGAAUAUUCUUUUCACUUGGGAAAUCACGAAACCAACUAUACGCUACACCUUAUUGAGAUUACUGGCAAUGUCCCCAAUGCACUCCCAGAACAUAAAGAUUUGGUGUUUUCUACGUGGGAUCACAAAGCAAAAGAAUACUUCAACUGUCCAGAAAGUUAUUCAGGAGGCUGGUGGUGGCACAAUGUAUGUGGAGAAAAUAACUUAAAUGGUAAAUAUAACAAACCAAGAGCAAAAUCUAAGCCAGAGAGGAGAAGAGGAAUAUGUUGGAAGUCUCAAAAUGGAAGGUUAUACUCUAUCAAGUCAACCAAAAUGUUGGUCCAUCCAACAGAUUCAGAAAGCUUUUAA